CGCGACGUAAGUCGAUCUUGUUCUCUCGUUACUGAUUGUGUUUCUGGUUGCUGCUGCUGGAUGUGUGUUGUUUUUUUUCUGAACAUUUCUAUAAUAUAGUGCAGUUCCAAUUGAAACACUUGGGCUGUUAAGAUUACUGCUAAGACAAAGUCAUUGGAAUGGAACUAGCUGAAAACAUCUCCAGCCUAGUGCUUGGUGGUAUUCAAAUGCAUUGGAAGGGAAAAUAUAACAACUUAAAUAAAGAAAAUGAUUUGAAGAGAGGAGAAGAAAUAUUGUACUACAUCAUUGAAACCGAAGAAGAAGUUGAACCUGGAGAAUUAAAAAUUAUUUUCGGUAAAAUUCCAAUAUAUUGGGUCAACGAAGACUACAGAUAUUUUCUGUACCAGGAUUCUUCUUACACUAAAACCUCAUCUGUUGGCGAUCCAAUGAAUUGGUCAAACAAGACUUUCAAAUGGCAUCAGUACCCCAUUGAUUCAUGGGUGGAAUUUGAUGUAGGGGAAGUUAUUGAUCCCGACAAGAAAAGAAGUAUACAGAAAGUGGAACACACAACCAAGCGACCAAAACCUGUUGAAGACGAUUUGCAGCUGAAUGUUACGGAAUUGAAUAAUACUAUCCCCGGUAUUUCUGAUGAUUCUGAAUGUGGUGCUAGCGGUUCGAAUCAGCAGUCAUCUCAAGCGAGUUAUGCGGAACCAGCAUGCGACUCCAAGGAUUAUUUGAUUGGGGAUUUAAAUUCCAAAAAUCAAUGUGGUUUCAACUACUUAACAUCUUCUGCUGAAAUUUUGAACAGCUUUGAAACAACUACACCAAUUACAAUGCAUCAUAACCGGCUGCCAGAGAUGCCUUAUUCUGAUAACCAUAAGCUGCAUGAAAUUUCCACCACAGUCAUCCAACACAGUUCGCAACUGUCGUACACCACUUACGGAGCACAAUCUACAAAUCUUGCAAAUAAUCAAUUUGAAAUGAUGAUUGAUUUUCUCCAUCAACUGCAGUCAACCACCAAUGAAAAAUUGGAGAAAUUACUGUUCCGCAUUGACUGUCUUGAAAAAAUUCUUACCAAUUCAUUGCCGUCAUCCGCCGCCGGGCACCUCAAGAAACACAUUGAUUUCUUCACAGUUCAAGUUAAUCCAUUUUUAGGAAAGCUACCACUCGAUUCAUGAGAGCAACUUACUGCCUUUGAAACGUUGUUAUCUGCAAAGGAACUCGUUCAAAUUAGGUUUGUUGCGUUCUUAGCUUACCAGUACAAAUCCGAAAAGACUCCAGCGCUGUUCGUGAAAGCAGCUAUUCAGUUUUUUUUUUCAAAGAAACUUUGCGACAAUGUUCAAUUGAAAAAUAGGAGCGGGGAUGAAAGACGCGGGAUAGGGGAGCUGAUUCAAUUUAUUUCCGUUAUUGGUGCUUCUUUAGACCUUUAUUGUAAGCUUUCAGCGAGGGAGUUGCCUGGCCUGCAGAAAUUAAAGGAUCUUAUCCAAACAGCCAGAUCCAAACUUGCUGAAAAGCAUAGACGAGCUGAAUGUGGAUCUUCAACCAAAAAAAAAUACCCCGCAGCCAGAAAAAGACACCAGAAAAGGAGAAGUCGUCCUUCUAAGUCACAUUGGUAAAAGAAUUCAAUUCAUCUUGAAAGCUCUGGAUGCUUUUGUUCCCCCAAAAUGAUAUGAUAUCUUGAUGUGUAUCAUUAAUACUGUGAUUUUUAAAAUAAGGCUUUUUGACAAAGUUCUUGUCUCCCUUUCCAGAUUAUGCAAAGCAGGUAAUCGAUGGAACAUUGCAUCUGCUGCGAACGGUUAUUUUCCCAUUAGAACUUUCUAAUUAGAACUUUCUAUUUUAUAUUUUUUCGUUAGAACUUUCUAAUUAGAAUUUUCUAAUUGAAAUCUUUGAAUAAUCUGGAAAGGGAAACAAGAACUUGUCAAAAAGCCCUUUAGUCUUGUGAUCUCCUGAAAACAUUUUGCAAUGUUGUCUUACCUGAGAAUUCAGAAACUGUUUUUGCACUCAAAUAAUCCGGUACCUGUCUAUGACAGUUUAAAUUCGAAAAGUUUAGUUUUAAUCUCGUUUCGGUUAUUACAUAUUUUGUUUUGGAA